CUGCUGCUACGAUGCGGGUUCGUUUGGUUGCUGUUGGCUACCGAUAUAUGUGAGAGUUGAGUUCGUUAUUUAGAUAUUGGUUUGAUUUCAAUGGAAAUAAACAAAACAGCGAUUGAUAAAAUUCGUUCCGACUUCUAUCGCUAAAUAUAGGUACCUGAUAAAGACAUAAGAUUCGACGCGGGAAUCGGUAUUCGAUUGAUAAGAAAAACGUCGUGGUAGUUUUGUUGAAAUUGUCGCGAGCCUUUUCGUAUGAUCAGAAGUGUAUCAGCCGAUUCAGUACUGCACGAGUAACGAACGACUUCAGUCCAGUCAUCUUGGUGAUCUUGUACGGAGUCAAACGGAUUAUAAUGAGCCGGAUAUUCGCAGCACUAACCAUUUGUCUGAUCGUGACAGGUUUCACAGCUUAUCCAACGUUCGCCGAUGACAUUCCAGCGGAAAUCAAGGAUCUGGACAUAGAAAAACUUAAGGAACAAUUGCCGGAGGGUUUCAUUCCUCCGGAAUUUCAGAACAUUACCUUGCCGAGCCUGGAAGAUAUUCAGAAAAUAGUGAAAGAUAAAUGUUCGAAGGCAGCCGGCAGCGAUGCUGCAUUCGAACAAGCGGAACAGGCCGGACAGCGAUUGAGUGAAUGUCUGAAAGAUUUGAUCGACUUCAGCGAUCUGCAGAACGAAAUCAAACUAGCCAAACCAACGGGCGAUCUGGAUACAGUGUUUAAUAAGUACUGUCGCCGGCGAUCAACAGCGAUCGAGUGCAUCAACACAUUUUCCAACGAUGUUGAAAUAUGCUUGGAUGACGAUGAGCGGGAAAGUAAGCGGGUGCUGGUGAAUAUUGUGCACGGCCUGUUGAACUUUGUUUGCCACAAAGAUGGAGAUCAGAUCGCACUCUUUAUCGCCGAGGAAGGUCCGGAAUGCUUCCAGGAGCAAAAACAACCUCUAAUCGAUUGUUUCAACACGACUCUCAGAGGAUAUCUGGAUGACCCAACACCCAGAGCAUCGGAGGGUAUUCCAAAGUUGGUAAUGGGUAAAAAACAAUGCGAUGACAUGGACAAUCUAAGAGAAUGUUUCGUUAACGUCUUAGAAGACUGUAGGGAAUCUACACCGGCAAAUUUGGUGGAGUCCUUAUUCAAAUUCGUCCGGAGGGAAACUCCGUGUGCCAAUUUUACGACGGCACCACAUACAUCUCGAAGAAACUCUGCUGACUUGAUGAAAUCAUCGAUACAAGUUAUAUUACUCACCUGGCUGAUGGUUUUCUUGGCGAAAUUCAUGAUUCACUGAUCCAUUGAAAGGUUGAUAAAGUGUUUUGGUAUUUCAUGUGAUAGGAGAGCCACACAAUGGCUACCAAGUGGAAGAAUAAAGAUGCACGAGAAUUUUUAUGUUUAAAUCUAAGAUAUUAAGAGUCUAGGUAAACCGGAAACUUGAAUACUUGAUUCGUUGUGCGUGUACAUCAAUAAAAUCAAAUCUUUACAUUCGAUCGGA